ACAUAUUUCCUUGUAUUCUGGAGAAAAGGCGGAGAAGUGAAAAUGGGCACUGUAUCUUAUGAAGAUUUUCAGUUACUUACUUACGCGCUAAGUAUAACGACGUGUUAGCCAUGGGCAACAAGCCUGGUUACCAGAAAGUCAGUACUGUCGAUAAGACAGGUGAAGCUGAAGGAACUCCACUAGCCCCUGAAACGACCGAGUCUACAGAGUCUACUCGAAGUUGCAGCACUGACGGGAAGGACCAGACAGCAGGGAGCCAAGCAAGAUCCUAUGCCAGGCCAAAGGUCAUUCUUCGGGAAAAAUCCAGGACACGCCACAGCUCUGCUAAUACCCCGAUGCAAGAUACUGAAAGCAGAUUACGCUCCUUGUCCACCUCGCCCUCAGCAGCAUCCUCAAUACCGGUAAGAUCUCGACACUCUUCUCUCCAUUCUGAUAGAGGGGCAUCUAGGCCUAUUUUUGCUGACGAAACCCCUUCAGCGAGUCUGCAGGGAGCAGGAGGUCUAGUCGCACCUGCGUCUUCCCAGUUUUCCGCGGCGGAUGCUACUCCGGCGAUGCGGUUCAUCAAGCACUGCAGAAAAUCUGAAUCGCCGAAGAAAGAUAAGAGCGUGGAUCGGCCUGUCCGCUGGCUAUCGCGAACCCCUCCUCCUGUUGAUCCGCCACUGACCGCGUCCUCUGAACUUGAGGAAGAAACGGACCUUCUCCGGGCAUGCGAGGGAGCCAAAGGCGCCAAAAAGAAGAGGAAAAUGAACCGUCCAGGAAGCUCUCCAUACAAGGACCUGAAUCCUGAUUCCAGUGAAGGGGGCGGCGUCUCGUCGAUGACAGUGCCUUGGCAUUAGGUGAUCGUUUCGGAGGCAGUGAAUUUCACUGCCUUCGUAUCAGAGUACAAAGAUUGGCUACAGCGACUGAUUUUACGCUGUCCGAAACAUUUUAGAUGUCGAUUCUAGUUUUUUUUUUAUUUUUGGUCAACUUUAUUCUCAAGUUUACGUAUUUUCUACCCAUUUUUUUUAUUUGUUUUUGACAGUUAACAUUUAAAGUUGGGCUUUGUAUUUGUAUAUGUUUGCUCAACGUAAUGUUGUUAUUAUUAGGGCAUUUUUACCUUAUCGGACAAGUAGAAGGGCCCUAUUUUCGAUUUCUUCAAACGUGGGUGCUUAUAUAUAUUUGUAACCUUUAUUUUAUAAUCUUUUUAGAUGGCAAACGUUUCUUGUGAUUUAUUAGUUUUAACCUUUGCAUGAAAGACUAAAAUCUUUUUGAAGUACAAUAUUUUUGUUAUAAUAAUUUUUUUUAUGGUAACCGUAGGUAUUCGAUUUGAACAAUGGAAGGCGACCUCUCGGAUGUUUUGCACUGUUGCACAUAUUAAUGACCUUGAUGAAUAUAACCAGUGUCUCAAC